UGACUGAGGAGGCUCUGAGCACGCUCGGGUCUGAGGCGGGCGAGCCCGUGCCCCCCGGAACGCUCCCGCCAGCAGCGGGCAGUCGGAGCUAGGCGCUCGCCCCCGGCCUGAGGGAGGCUGCUCCUGGGGACACAGGGAGGCGGGGUGGUAGCGGGCGCCGGUAGCUGCGCUGGAGGAGAUGUGGCUGGGGGCGGUGUCAACCCCCAGCCCCCUGGAGCGGCAGCCAGUCUCUUCGCGCUGGCUGGCUCCGUGCUCCCGCUGCAGUACGGCGAGGCUACAGCCUGCUGUGCCAGGGGCUGUCAACGGAGGGGAUAGCCAGCGCGGGAGGGGGCCCGGGCGCCACAGACACAGAGAUCGGGACCGAUGCAAUAAAAUGCACCUCCUGCAAGUGCCCCUUGGGAGGAAGCAGCCGCAGGAGGCGGCGGCGGCCGGGAAGUGAAAGGUCGGGAGAGUUCGGCUUGCCAUGCACUGCACGGGAGCAGCAGGAGCCCGGCGGGUCCCCGCGGGGAAGUUAAAUGUUCUCAGCGAGGCACGCGGCUCCCCGGGGGCUGGAGGAGCCAGCAGCUGUCCCGCGAUGUCACUCCCCGGGGGAGACUCGGGGGCUGGAGCCUCCCUCCUGCCCUUAGCACGCCAGUGAGUGGCGAAUGAAUGACCUGCCGGGAAGGAUUUGCUCUGGAGAACCUUCUUCAUGUGCAGAAGAGAUUCCAGGCUCCUGGUCCUCCUCCUUGAUUCAUGCACUUUGACCAGGAGUUUGGCCAUGGAGAGCUGGGUCUGGCUCAUUGCACUUCUGGGCUGCUCUGCUGUAGCUGCAGGACUGAGCAGUGUUGUUGGAGUUGGGUCCCAUUGCGAAAAAGCAUGCAACCCUCGAAUGGGAAACCUAGCCCAUGGACGAAGACUGUGGACAGAUACCACAUGUGGACGCAACUCCACCGAGUUUUACUGUUCGUAUAGUGAGAAUGCGGACCUGACAUGCAAGCGGCCCAAGUGUGACAAAUGCAAUGCUGCUCACACCCAUCUGGCUCACCCGCCCUCUGCAAUGGCCGACUCUUCCUUCCGAUUGCCUCGCACAUGGUGGCAGUCAGCUGAGGAUGUGCACAAGGAGAGGAUCCAGCUGGAUUUGGAAGCUGAGUUUUACUUUACUCACAUAAUCAUGGUGUUUAAGUCACCAAGGCCAGCAGCCAUGGUUCUGGAGCGGUCCCAGGAUUUUGGGAAAACAUGGAAGCCUUACAAGUAUUUUUCCACUAACUGUUCGGCAACUUUUGGCCUAGAGGAUGAUGUGACAAAGAAAGGAGCAAUUUGCACUUCAAGAUAUUCAAGUCCCCUUCCUUGCACUGGGGGAGAGGUUAUAUACCGAGCUCUGUCACCACCUUAUUCGGCUGAGGAUCCGUACAGCGCUGAAGCUCAGGCACAACUGAAGAUCACCAAUCUUCGAGUGCAGCUGCUUAAGCGACAGGCCUGUCCCUGUCAGGGCAAUGACCUGAAUGCAAAGCCUCAGCAGUUCAUACACUAUGCAAUCUAUGAUUUUAUUGUAAAGGGAAGCUGCUUUUGUAAUGGCCACGCUGAUCACUGUGUACCUGUUGCUGGAUUUAUACCUGUCAAGGCAGCAGGAGUCUUCCAUGUGGUCCAUGGAAGGUGCAUGUGUAAGCACAAUACAGCAGGCCACCACUGUCAGCACUGUGCUCCACUCUACAAUGACCAGCCCUGGCAGGCUGCAAAUGGCAAAACUGGAGCCCCAAAAGAAUGUCGAUCAUGUAAAUGUAAUGGCCAUGCUGACAUGUGUCAUUUUGACAUGGAUGCAUGGCUGGCCUCGGGGAAUCGCAGUGGUGGAGUCUGUGAUAACUGUCAACACAACACUGAAGGGCAGCAUUGCCAGCGUUGCAAGCCAGGCUUCUACCGAGAUCUCAGAAGGCCUUUCUCUGUCCCAGAUGCCUGCAAAUCGUGUUCCUGCCACCCAGUUGGAUCGGCCAUGCUUCCUUUCAGCACUAAUACCUUCUGUGAUCCCAGCAACGGUGACUGCCCCUGCAAACCUGGAGUGGCAGGUCCUCAGUGUGACCAGUGUAUGGUGGGAUACUGGGGCUUUGGAGAGUAUGGCUGCAGACCGUGUGACUGUGCCGGAAGCUGUGACCCACUCACUGGUGACUGCAUCAGCAGUGCGGACAUAGUCUGGCAUCACGAAAUUCCUGAUUUCCGCUCUGUGUUUAACGAGAGUGAGCCAGCUUGGGGAUGGGAGGACGAACAAGGAUUCUCUGCUCUCCGGCAUUCAGGUAAAUGUGAAUGCAAAGAACAAGUUUUAGGGAAUCCCAAGGUCUUCUGUGGAAUGAAAUACACAUAUGUGGUGAAAGCAAAGAUUUUAUCAGCUCACGACAAAGGCUCCCAUGCAGAAGUAAACGUGAAGAUCAAGAAAGUGUUGAAAUCAACAAAGUUUAAGAUUCUGCGAGGAAAGCGAACUCUCUACCCGGAAUCCUGGACUAACAGAGGCUGCACUUGUCCAAUUCUUAAUCCUGCAAUACAGAGCAGCGGCUUGGAUCUUAGAGUUUCCAGCCAGAAAAUGUAAAAACACUCAUCAAAUCACACCACCCUGUUGCUCAGAUGAUAAGCUCGCUGAGUUCCUACAAGGAAUAUUUCCAACACACACACACAAGUGAACUAAGAAGACAGUAAACACAAAAGAUGUAAGUGUCUCAAUCACCUUCAAGGAAACAGACUCCACUUCCUAAUCGCAGCUCUGCCAAACAUAGGAAAAGAACAGAGAGUUCCUCACAACUGAAAGCAAGGAAUUUGAGAUGAAAUUCACAACCUUGAAGAACAGAAUGAGACAUCUAACGAAGCUUUUUCGUUUUAUUUUUGCACUUCCAUAACGACAGCUCAGCAGCUUUUUAAAAAAAGCAAGUCUACAACAUCAACUGCUAAUUAAAAAAAACUUGCUCCCAUACUCAGAGCUUCAUUCAUGCCAAGCUGCCUCCUGUAGGGAGAUUUUAUGAUCCUUUGAAAAAUGAUGUUUCUAACAGAAAUGUUGAUAGAGCCAUCAGGAGCGCCGCCAGCUUUUCUGCCGCCCUAGACGGCGGAAGGUCCUGCCCCGAAAUAAAUACCGCCGCGGUCGCUGCCCCCCAAAUUGUAGUGCCCUAGGCGACCGCCUAGGUCGCCUAAUGGAUUGCACCGGCCCUGAGAGCCAUAGUGAGUGCUCUGCAAAUAGUCAUACUGUAAUAUGUAUCCUAUGUUUACCUUACAGAAAGAUGACUGUGUGUGUUACUCAGAUGUAACAGAUAGUAAAUUGUAUCAAAUUAUAUAAAUAUCUGUAUCCCCUUUACUUGUGGAGUUGAUACUUUUAAAAUAGCCUUCCCCUGUUAAAAAAAAUACUACCUACAUCAGGCUGAAUCCUCAGCUGUGCCUAGGGAGUUAUAGGUGGCAAAGAUGGCUCUAAGCCAGCUUUCUCGUGUCCAGAUGGUGAGGCUAGCUGGGAUAAAUUAGAGCAGCCACACCCCUGACAUGCUACCUUUGGAACACUCCCUACGAUGCUCAGGGGAGCCAGAAGAGUCUGGUGCAGAGCCCACUAUGCCAUCUUUACACAGAGCCCACUAUGCCAUCUUUACACUAGCUGUCCAUUACUCUGUGUUUGUACAGCCCCUAGCACAAUGGGGUCCUGAGCUUGGCUGGGGCCUGUGGGUGCUAUCAUAAUAUAAAUAAUAAUCAUCAUCACCAUUCCCUGACUCCAGGGGAAUCCUCAGCUGCUCAUCUAGGACAGCUUUCAGAUUCCUGUGUGCCCUCAGGAUCUGGCCCAGUGUUUCUUCACAUAACUUGCAGCCUUAUAUGAAACAUCUAGGGCCUCAUUCUACCCCCCACUGGCCCUGACUCAACAAGGUACUCAGAAAGCAUGUGCCUAACCUGAAGCAUGUGAGUCAUCACACUAACUUCAAUGGGACUGCUCCCGUGUGUAAAGUCAGGCACGUGCUUAAGCACCUUCUUGAAUCAGUGCCAGUAAUCUGAUAUAAAUUAAGCAAUUCCACUGCAGUGAACAGAGUUACACCUGUGUAAAAUCAGGUGAGUUCAGAAUUAGGCCUGUGGCAUCAAAAGCAUGUGAUGUACCAGGAUUCUGUGUCACUGCUUUUCACUGGAUUGUGGAAGCAUCUAGAAUUCAGGCAAGAUUUUUGAAGGAUGCUGCUAACAUAUCUCUGAAAUGUCUGGGUGAGGCAGAAUUUAAUGAAGCACAUUUUGGUUUGAAUGCAAGCCCUCAGGCACCCUCCAGGUGCUCAUUCCAGUUCUUCUAAUAGCCCCAUUGCCUCAUUGGAGUGUCUCAUAGCUAAUUGUGUUCCUACAGGCAUUUAACCUGCAGCUGUAGAUUUCCAUGACAGGAUAGGAAAACAUAUGGAACUUGCCUUACUGAUCUUCAGCAGAUCCAGUAUUUUUAAAUAUCUAAAACCCAUUAGAUAAAUUCAGUGUUGGUGAGAAUAACUGCUUUGCUAGGUUACAUUAUUCUAAUCUGUUUACAUUAUGAGCCUUAAUUCACUUUUAGCCCUAGAGCUAAAAAUAGUGUUGUGGAAAUAUUUACAUGAUUUUCCCCUUUAGUGCCACCCUUAUGACAUGUACACACACACACACACACAGUGUAGACAAGUUAUACACACGCCGUGCCAACUUUGCAUGGACAACUGGGGCUCAACGGGAAUGAAAUCUGCCCUUGUGCAAAGAAGGUCAACAUGAGGCCUGUGGAUCAUUUAUGUCCCACAUGUGCCCUAAUUUGAGGAUUUAAGUGGGGUCUGAGUGAUGCAUAAACUUUAUGCUGGCUGCGCAGGAGUGAAUUUAACCCAGCAACUUCUAUUAAGUCUAUAAACAGAGGGUAUGAAAAUGAGCCCCUUUUACCCAGCACCCUCUCCUUCUCUAUCUCCACAGCUCUUCCAACAUGCCACUUGCCUAUAUAGUGUGAGUCAGCACCAGAUUCAGAGCUUGACAACAACAUCUCAUGCAGAUCUCACUAUCAGUUGGGCCACAGGGCUGACUUUGAUGCAUCUCUCUAUAUAUACAGUAUUUCUACACAAAUGUAGGGUUUUUUCCUUCAGAAUAUCUACUUAUAUUAACUUUUAGUGUACACACCUUUUAAAGCAUUCUGCCAUACAAACCCUGACCACUUUGAUGAU